CACUUUAAAUAAAUAACUAUAUUUUUUGAUGGUUUAAUCAAAAAUAUUUGUUAAAUUCCACCUGAGCAAUGAUGCUUAAAAAGAAUCCCAUUCAAUUUUUUAAUGUUACCAAACGUUAUCUUAAUCUUCAGGAAUAUCAGAGUAAGACACUCAUGGAAAAAUAUAAUGUAUCAAUUCAAAAUUUUAAAAUAGUUGAAAAUAGAGCACAGGCAGCUCAAGUUGUUAAUGAAUUAAAUUUUAAAGAAUAUGUAAUUAAAGCUCAAAUAUUAGCUGGUGGUAGAGGUAAAGGUAUUUUUUCCAAUGGAUUUAAAGGAGGAGUUCAAAUUUUGAAAGAUUCAAAUAAAAUUCCAGGGAUAGUUGAUAAAAUGAUAAAUAAUAGAUUAAUCACUAAACAAACUCCCCCAGAGGGUGUAUUAGUCAAAAAAGUUUUGAUUGGAGAGGCUAUAGAUAUAAAAAGGGAAACUUAUCUUGCCUUUUUAAUGGAUAGAAGUUCUGGGGGGCCUAUGAUGAUAGGCAGUCCUGCUGGUGGAAUGGAUAUCGAAGAAGUUGCUGAAAAAACACCAAAUCUUAUAUUUAAACAAGAAAUAGAUGUGAGGGAGGGUUUGUAUAGACACAAUGCUCGUAUAAUGGCCAAAAAUAUUGGAUUUUCUAGUACAUUGUUGGAGCAAGCUACCACUCAGAUCAUGAAUUUAUACAAAAUGUUUAUAGCAGUCGAUGCUACGCAGAUAGAAAUCAAUCCACUCGGCGAAACGAGCGAUGGAAAAGUUAUAUGUUUCGACGCCAAAAUAAACUUUGACGACAACGCGGAAUACAGGCAGAAGAAGAUUUUCGAUAUGGACGAUUUCUCAGAAAGCGAUCCAAGGGAGGUUGAGGCCAGAAAAUUUCAUCUGAAUUACAUAGGCAUGCAAGGCAAUAUCGCAUGUUUAGUUAACGGAGCUGGCUUAGCUAUGGCCACAAUGGAUAUCAUUCAGCUCUACGGGGGAAAGCCUGCCAAUUUUUUAGACGUCGGUGGCAACGUUACGGAAGAUCAAGUGUAUCAGGCUUUCAAAAUCAUAAGCAAAGAUCCUCAGGUAAAAGCCAUACUAGUCAACAUAUUUGGCGGCAUAGUUAAUUGCGCUGUCAUUGCAAACGGUAUCAAAAACGCGUGUCAAACCAUCGACCUAAAAAUACCCCUCAUAGUUCGCUUAGAAGGUACCAAUGUAGACGAAGGUAAAAAGAUUCUCGAAAAAAGUGGUUUGAACAUUAUAACUGCCAAGAAUUUAGACGAAGCGGCCAAAAAAGCUGUGGCUAGCAUUUAAUUAUUUUUUCCCCCGCAUUUUAAUUCGAACAAAAAGACUUGUUAAUUUAUUUUGCAAAAUCCAGUGUUAUGUAUUUUUUCAAAAUAAAAAUGUG